AUGUCGGACCGCCAGAAUAACUUCAGCUACUCGGCGUCUUCGUACGUCUCGUCCAACUUCACACAGUCCAGCUCCUCUUCCGCCUCUGCCUCCGCCUCGUCGCCAGGCUCCUUCUCUGGAUCUGGCACGACGAGACGGUUCACCGAAACCAUGACAAGCAACGAUCGCGACGGCACCUCGAUCCGCCGUACGCAUGAAGAAUCGGGCAGACCUACGGUGCAGGAAGAAACAUACAUUCCACCUGCUGGUGGGCGCAUUUCAGGAACUGGAUUUGAGUCUGGAUCAAGAUCGGCGUCGGCGUCGGCGUUGGGCGGACUGGAAAGGGGCAGGGUCGAGGAUGUUACGGAUGACGCCGAACAGGCUGAGAAGGAUAGGCUGUACGAGGAGCGGAUCGAGGACGAGUACGCGAAGCGUGAGGGCGGGGCGUGA